AUGGUCCUGCUGGUGGCCAUUGCAGAUGUGCUGUUCGUCCUGGGUCUGGCUAUGGAGUCAGGAUCUCUCUGCUCACCCACCACUUUUUACAAAAACUGCUGGAUUCGACGCUUCCCAGGUCUUCUGAUCGACCUGCAGGAAUCACAGAAGAGGGGAGCCCAGGUGCUGAAGAUUUAUGCAGAAGUCUCACCCCAACAGUGCAGCAGAACCUGCUGCCUUCUGAGGAAUGUUUCCUGCAAUCUAGCAGUGUUCUACCAUGUACCUCUUUCUGAGAAUAUGAAUUGUCUGCACAUGUCUUGCCCAGCAUUGGAAAGUUGCAUACUAAAGGCUAGACUCAAUAAUGCCAUUUUGUUCAACAUCACAACAGGGAUUGAUCCAGAUCUUCUUAUUUUUGAAAAACUGACAUACAGAGAGGCAGAUACUUACUCUUCACUGAAUAAAUAUGAGAAGCAAAACAGCACAAAGGCCGCUGAGUGGGAAAGAUGCCAGCAUCAUAACACGACAUCAAGUUCUUUUCUCCUCCAAGCUCCAUCUUCUACCCCUAGCCACGGCUUAACAGCAAACUCUUACACCUCCAGUACGAGCCUGAGAGUCCAAAACCAUGAAGUUACUACUUAUUCCAGGGCAGGAACUUUUCCACUGGAUAAUCAUUUCACUAAGAGGACAAGCACAACUUCAGUUGCUUCAGACAAACUUACAACUUCAGUAAGCACUUGGUCAAUCACUAGUUCAAACAAGAGGACUGUACACUCAUCGUUGACAUCCAAGUCUGCUGAGAUAUUAUCCAACAUGCCCACUCCUCCUCAUCUGAACAGCAGUAAGCAACACCUAAAUGAAACCAAAGGCUACAGUGGUAGGAAUUAUACUUCAGAUAAUGAGGUACCUGCGUGGGGAGCUGCAGCUUUGGGUGUCUGGUUGAUUCCUGUUGUUCUUUGCUCUUCUUUCAUCUUCCUUUGCUGUUGUACUGUUGCUUUCACAGCAGGGUGUUGCAAAACUAGGAGAGGUCAGUAUAAGCCCAUAAGGAGAAGAACAGUGUCGAGGAGACAAUUCAUAAAAUAUACUCAUGUCAGAGCUAAUUUGUAA